AUGAAUAGGAGAGCCCCUCGUUUCUUUUCUCGCCAACCAGAACAGUUCGGAGGCAAAAUUCCCUUCAUUGUAACCGACAUUAUUGAUGAACUCCGCAAGCAAAACGCCACAGAUGCAGAAGGAAUUUUCAGAUUAAGUGGAUCCGCUGCACAAGUAACAGAACUUCUUCUGGAACUUGAUUCAGGAAGAGUUAAGGACUGGUCAAAGUAUAAUAGCGUACACACAAUUGCUUGCACCUUAAAGAAAUAUUUCAGAGAAAUGAUACCAAACUAUCCAUUGUUCCCACAUUCUAUAUAUGGAGAUCUUCAAGAUGCAUCAAAUCAAGCUAACAAACAAAUUAUGAUUGAAAAAUACAAAGCCAGUUUCGAAAAAUUAUCAAAACCAAGACAACUUACGAUUGCUUACUUAUUUAAAUACAUCCUUGAGAUCGAAGAAAAUAAAGCAAAGAACAAGAUGAAUGCAGUUAAUCUUGCUAUCGUUUUCUCACAAAAUCUUCUUUGUUCACUUGAUACAAGCAAAGAGGCAACACUCAUCAACAAUGCUAUUCAAAACAAGAUUAUACAGACUCUUAUUGACGUCGGCCAUCAAGUUUUCGACGAUAUUAACACAGAUGGCGCAAUUCUUACUGAUGAUGACAUGCCAAUUAUUGCCAUCCCACCAGUUCCUAAAUCCGAUAUCGAAAAGUUCAUUAUGCUCAGAGAUAUUCGAAGAAGGUCUUAUAUCCCGUACAUUCCGGCCGAUAUGUUCCGCGAUCCAAGAUUUGUAAGACCAACUAGAACUGUUGUCUUCGACAAAGUUACUAAGAAAGAAAAGGACACAAAUAUGAAAUUAAAUGAAGGUUUAGGUUCAACUGAUCAGAUUGUAUGGAACAACAGCGCUGUUUAG